AUGCUAGUAAAGCUUCACGGGGCCGCAAACCUCAACAAGCAUGUCCAGUUGCUCCACCCAAGAUCCAAUAACUAUAUUAGAUCUGGCACCAAAUGCCAGGUUACUGGUUGGGGAACCACUGACUCAAAAGUUUUCAGCAUCUCUGAUACCCUUCAGGAAGUCACUGUUACCAUCAUAGAUCGAAAACUUUGUAACAGCCAAAGUUAUUACAACCACAAUCCUAUUAUAACCAAAGACAUGAUAUGCGCAGGAGACACCAGAGGCACUAAGGAUUCCUGCCAGGGUGACUCAGGUGGCCCCUUGGUCUGCAAAGGGAUCUUCCAUGCCAUUGUCUCUGGAGGUCACAAAUGUGGCAUUGCCAAUAAGCCUGGAAUCUACACCCUAUUAAAUAAGAAAUAUCAGGCUUGGAUCAAAAAGAACCUUGCCCCACCUCAAACAUAUUGAGAUUGUAAAUAAUUUUCUUGGAUCUUCCAGUUACUUGCUCUAUUUUGUCAUGUGCUCACAGAUCAACAUUAUCUUCAGAUGUAUGUGGAUACAGGUACAAAAAAGCUAAGUUGAGGUACAUUUCUGUACCUGGAAGACUUAUUUUGUUAAGGAAUGAAGCUCUUUUUCAUGCACAUCACUAAUGUAUUUUUACCAUGCUGAUUUCAUCCUAAAUAAAAUUUAGAAGAUUCUUCAUUUGUCUUUUAUGGGUAUGAAGUAAUUUCCAAACCUAUUACACCCACA